AUGAAGAUACUAUUCUUUGGAUCCGACCUAUUCAGCAUUAAAUCAUUAAUACCGUUGUAUAAUAACCUACAAAAAAAUGGUAUGAUCUCACAUAUUCAAGUAAUUACACCACCUCCUAAAAGAACAGGUCGUAAUUUGUUAAAAUUAAAACAAACAAUAUUAGAUAAAUCAAUGCCAUUGUUAUUUCAAAAUUUGCCACCUCCAAUAUAUUCUUUGGAAGAAUUAAGUAUUAAUAAAGAUAGUGACUCGUCAAUGUUUGAUAUGUGUAUUGCUGUUUCUUACGGUAAAUUAAUUCCAGCAGAGUUGAUUAAUAAAUUAAAAUAUUCUAUAAAUGUUCACCCGUCCUUACUACCUCAAUACAGAGGAUCAAGUCCUCUGCAAUAUACUUUAUUAAACAAUGAUAUUUAUACUGGUUGCUCAAUUCAGACGCUACAUCCCUCCAAAUUUGAUCAUGGUAGGAUAAUUGUACAAACAUUACCUCUAAAGGUAGAUGAAAUCUUGCAACCAGAGAAUGUCAAUAAUGAAACCGGCACUUUGGUUAAAUAUAGAUAUGAUAACGAUGAUUCGCAUGUUGGAAAGUUUUUUCUCAGUGAGAACGUUAUUGUUGAAAACUCUUUAAAAAUACCGGACAGUUUAAUGCUCGAAGAACAAUCAGGAAACGAUGGUCCUCUAUUAUUAGAUUUGAAAGACAAAAUGGGUAAUGUGGGCAGUCUAUUAUUAAACGAGGUUAUAUCUAAACAAUUAUAUCAAUGCCUAGAUACUGUAACUGAUAAUAAAUGUUUUAUACCCCAUUAUAAACCAAGUUAUGCAAAAAAAAUUAAAAAUACUGACAGAGAAAUUAAUUGGAAUAAAGAUACCGCUUCUACAAUAGUUAAUAAAAUUAACGUUCUAAAGUCAGUUUAUGUACGGAAAGAAGUCAACCCCAAGAGAAAAGAUGUAAAUGAUAGCAAAUCAGUAAUAACUAAAUUAAUCUUGUUGCACGAUGCAACAGAAAUUAGAGAUAUAGAUUCACUGGAAAAUACUGAACAAGAUGCUUCUGUUAAGCAAGUUUUGAAAUGUCCUGGUGACGCUAAGUAUAUAGAUUCUUUGAGACAGCUAAUAAUUAAAUGUCACGGAGAUACUUAUAUUGGUUGCAAAAAUUUACAAUUUGAAGGUUUUAAAAUUGAACCAGCUUGUAAAUUUAUCAAAGGUAUAUAUAAAAGGUCACGUAUGCCAAAAGUCCCUGAACAUAACAAUGUAAUAACUUUUGUUUAA